GUUAAUCUUCGCAAAGCGUCGAAAUUCAUCGUAGACCAAUCGAUAUUCCAUAUAUUCCCAUUUUCAUAUUGUCGAGAAAUCAGAAUUUUUACUUCGUCUUGCAAACCACUUUGGUUGUUUUCUUCAGCAUCUUGAAUACAUUUACCUAUAAAUUCCUUCAAGGAGUCAGGCCACGGAUUGCUUUCCGUAUCCUUUUGCAUACUGAUUAUAUUCACUCAUAUAGUAAAUAUCCCCUUCUUCGAUGGAAAUUACAGAAAAACAAACUUGUUGGGGAUAUAGGUACGUUGUUUUGGUAUACACUAGAAGUUGAGAAGAGCAGGUUGAAAAACUUUGUAAGGGAAAGUUUAAUUAAAUCUCAAUUAGGUGGCAUCUAUAUGAAAAAAGAAAAUAACAGAACAAUGAAGAGAAUGGAUUUCAUUCCUCUGUCCAUUUGGCAUGAGUAAUUUUGUUUAGUACAGUAUUGCUACGCGAAUUCUGGUAAACCAAGUGAAACCAACAAGAAAAAGGUAGAUACAAGCUAACUGUUACCAGCUGAAGGAAAUUAAACGAAGAAAUAAAAAUAAAAAGGUGAAGAAUUGACAAGAGUAUUGAGCUCUUCUAGUGGUCCGUAAAUUUUCCUUUAAAAGACAAAAGGUACCUUUGAUGGAAAGACAACAGGUGAUCGAUUGCUUUCGAAAAUUACUUCCUGAAGAGACGGAAUACAAUGACAGGCUUAUAAGCUUAGCAGAGUCGUUUUUAGCCUGGUCGAGAUCUAAAGUUGUUUUGAAAGCAACAGAAGAGCCUUGUAGACCGUAUAUGGCAGCACAUUUAGCAUGCGAGAUUCUGAAAGGAAGACUAAAUAUAGAAAUCCAUGUUAACGCGACGCCAAUUCCUAAGAAGAAAUACGAAAAGCAGUUCACAUAUUUUCAAGAGGUUCUUCGUCCUUUGACAAAAGAUCUAUAUGCGCAGCAUGAUAUUCUGAAUGAUGUUCCCUUUCUAUGUACAAGAAUGGGCAGUCUUUCAGCUAUCCCUUAUGUAAAGGAAUUGGUGAAAACAACGGUAGUGGAAAACAUGAGGAUUGAACAUAUGAAGGGUAUUUUGAUAGCUGCUUAUUUGAUUGUUUCUGCUAGAAUGAGUGGAAAAGAUGAAUUGCGUGUCAACCACGCUGAAAGGAAAGCGGCUCAAGUGAUUCUUCAGGAUACAAACUCAAUAUCGCAAAUUCAGUAUUGGAUGCAAAUUUUGUCUGAGUCGCUUGUUUUUCAUCAAAUGCCCAUGAAUGCAAUGGAAGGCUACGAAGUCCAAAAACAGCGGACGAAGCCAUGGAGUGGAAUUGCCAGUAUGGUUCAGAUUAACUAUGAAAAGAGACUGAAAAGCUAUCCAUCGUGGAAAGCCAGUAUUUACGAGCAACUAGAGCAACUGAGCUAAUGAAGAAAAAAAGAAAACUAUGGAUAUGAAGCAAAAGAUAAGGUGCUAUAAUGACUGUCCAACACAGGGAGCUAAAAGGAACAGAAAAUAUAAUGUUUACAAAUGGUAUUUAUUACUUCUAUGUUCAUUGAUUCAUUCAUGCAGUAACAAAGAUGCUCAACGUUAAGCUUUCGAGAUGGUCCAUUGCAUAUCAGAAAUGGAAACCUCGGCUCCAGCUUUUUCAUCGUAAUCAUACCAGUCGUCUUCUAAUUCUACCUCGGCAAAUAUCGUACCACUCUCUUCUCCUUUGACGACCCAUUCGCCUUCGGGAACGAAUUUGACGAGUUCGCAGCCUCGGCAUUCUAACUCUAAAACACGUUGUUGACUUUGAGAAUUUGUAUAAGGAAGAAAUCGGCUGGCAAUGGCUACAAAAUAAUUAGCAUAUGUUGUCAAGAAGAGGCAUGAGGCAUCACUCAAGUCGCAAAAUUCGAACUCAAGUUAUCCUCAAUGUCUCCAACUAUUCCUUACAUAUCGUACUCGUUCUCUGCAAUGGGUUAGCAUUUGUAAGGGAGAAAAAAAUAAAGAAAGAAUGGAAUGAAAGAGAUUUGACUCACAACGCACCAAUAAAUACGUCAGUUGGAGAAAGAUCAUACCUUGCAGUUUUUACAAGUCCAAAUCAAGUUGGCUUCUCCCUUGCUUCCGGGAAUGUCGUGGAUUUCAGAUCGACAGAUGCCGAUAGGGUUCUCGUGGACUUCAUGGCAAGAACCACAUUCAACUUCAAACAUGUAAUAGAAGGCCUGUUCGUCCUUUGGGCUAAGGCUAGACACGCCGGCGAGUUCAGCCUGAAAAUUCAAAGCAAAUUUGACCAUCUUAUAAAAAGUUUAAAGAAAAAGUUUUCUCUGACGUCCAGUAUGGUCUUCAGGUUUGAAAUCUGUUUUUGUUAACCGAACUGAAAAUUUGUUUUAUUCUUAUGUAUCCUUAUGACCAGCAGAUCUACAGGUAACGAUCAGGAGUGACAAAGAAAGUUCGGCAAGUAAAAUGAAAAGAGGUCGUUUUAAAAAUGAUGACUUUAUUGGUUUUGCUUUGCGAUCCUUUAUUUUGCAUGUCUUAUAGGGACUGGGUUGUCGCUGAAAUAUCUAUUCGGAGGAUUUUUUUCAGCAUUCUUGUGCGGUUGAUUUGGCAACUUUUAGCAAAGCUGUUAGUUACCACCAAAGGGAAGAAGAAAUAGAAGAAGAAAAAACGAAAAUCAAGAAAAGGAAUUCAUAAAAUAUUGAGCGCAUAGAUUUUUUGAAGAAACCUUUUGGCUUAUCCUUCUGAGGAUGAACUCGGUAGCUAAUACUUUAAGUGAUACAGUGACGAAUAUUUUGACAAUGAUGAGAUCAAGGGGAAAAUUCUCGCUGGACGAUUUAUUGCAUUGCAUGAAUUAAUGGAGAGAAAUCCUCAUUGGACGAACAGAAAAGCAGGUAUGCAUUGUUGAAAAAUGGCUGAGGGAUGGGGUUUGGAAAGGUGAGGCUGUAUCGUAAGGUAUGUUCCCAAGGAAAAAGGUUUUUCAUCAAAAAAACGCUACUUGUCAUGAAAAAAAGAGCCGUUUCAUAAUAUUACUUUGCAUUCCAAAAAUCUAUUCAAUAAUUAGGCAUCACAUUUCACGUUAAGGAUUAUUUGUUUUGGCUGCAAGUCAGUUGUAUUUGCUUCCGGUUCAUUCAAUGCGAUUUACCAUCAACCUAACGUUACUUGAGAAGAAUAAAAGCUGAAAUUAUCAUUCUUUUUGUCGACUGAAACAACAUGACACUAAGUACUGCACUAUCCGAAUUUUUUUUUUUUUUUUUCAAUCACAGAUGCACAAAAAAUCGUCGACUACCCUUGCCUGUCUUGAAUUGGGCCUUGCAUCCACUCCCAUCUUGUUCUUUUUGGUUGACUUAGUACUAUCCGAUAAAUCAAUUUCCUCUAGACUCUUACUUUCAUCAGAUUUUCGUAUGUUUCUAUACAAUUAUAUUAUUCAGCGAAAAGCAUAAUUAUAAUAAUAAAGCUGUUUGAUUUGCCUCUUUUCCUAUCGGCUUACACCU